AUGCUGUCGCGUGGUAUUCUAAGAGCUGCAAUCAACGGUGCUCGCCACUCCGGCGCAGCUCGAGCUGCGCCCUUCCCCGCGGUCUCCGGCAAAGCUCAAUGUGCCAGCUCCACAAUCUCCAUCGACGGCCGAAGGUGCAUCUCCAUGUACGGCUACACACAGGCCAAGGCGUUGGUCUACUCGAAAUACGGCGAGCCUAAGGAUGUUCUCAACCUUCACAAGCACUCGAUCUCGGCUCCGCAUGGCACCCAAGUGAACCUUCGCCUUCUCGCCGCGCCAAUGAACCCAGCCGAUGUCAACCAGAUCCAAGGCGUAUACCCCAGCAAACCUCCGUUUGAGACUUCGCUGGGAACAGUUGAGCCAUCGGCUGUCGGUGGUAACGAGGGUGCGUUCGAAGUCAUUUCAACGGGCGCGGGCGUCAAGAACCUGUCCAAGGGUGAUUGGGUCAUUAUGAAGCGGACGGGCCUGGGCACAUGGAGGACGCAUGCUCAGCUGGACGAGUCACAGCUUAUCCGUAUCGAGAACAAGGAGGGCUUGACCCCGCUGCAGAUCGGCACCGUCAGUGUCAACCCAGUUACCGCGUAUCGGAUGAUUCGUGACUUCUGUGACUGGGACUGGAUGCGUGCUGGCGAGGAGUGGAUGAUCCAGAACGGCGCUAACAGUGGUGUCGGACGCGCUGCUAUCCAGUUAGGCCGUGAGUGGGGUAUCAAGACGCUCAAUGUUGUCCGCCAGCGCAAGACACCCGAGGAGACGGAGGCGCUCAAGCAGGAGCUGAAAGAGCUGGGUGCCACCGUCGUGGUGACCGAGGAGGAGAUGUUGACCGGCAGCUUCCGAGAUAUGGUCAAGGAGGUUACUCGCCAGGGCAGGGAGCCCAUUCGUCUGGCCUUGAACUGCGUCGGUGGAAAGAAUGCCACGGCUCUGGCGAAGACCUUGUCUCCGGACUCGCACAUGGUGACCUAUGGAGCCAUGUCGAAGCAGCCGGUGGCGUUACCCUCGGGCCUGUUGAUCUUCAAGAACCUCGUGUUUGACGGGUUCUGGGUCAGCAGAUGGGGCGACAAGAACCCGCAGCUCAAGGAGAACACCAUCAAGGAUGUGCUCCAACUGAUCCGCACGGGCCGGUUCAAGGACAUCCCCGUCGACAACGUCGAGUGGAACUGGAAGUCCGAGGGUCCCCAGCUGGCCGAGAACGUGCAGGGCACUCUGGGUGGCUACCGCAGUGGAAAAGGUGUUUUCACCUUCACGGGCGGCGACGAGUAG